GUCGUCCAUUUCCCUCUCAAAUCAACGUCUCAGAUUCCUCCAAAAUCAAAUUCCAAAUCCCAUUCAACAGAACACUGUUCCUCUUCUGCUUUCUUCUUCUUCUUUGUACUGAGUGAGCUUAAUUUCUCCACUACUGUUGCGAAUCUGAAUCGCUCCGACCACGUAUGUGUAAGAAGUGACGAGAAUCCGAGAAUGCCGGUUUCAACACGGUCUCAGAUAUGCGGGGAAGCGGAACCGAACCCAUCGACGGCGACACGGCUGAGAAACCCACACCAUGGGCUGAAGGAGAAGCUCAGAACGCUGACCCUUUUGUACGAGCAGCAGAAGCAAGCCUCGGUGUCUCUCAAGAACGCGUCUUUCAGGUUCCCUGAGAAGACAGUCAUGCGAGAGAACGCAAUGCCCAACACCGUCGUCACAAGAACCUUCGUGCUCCCCCAACCUCCCUCAAAUGACGAUGAUGCCAAGGAAAACGCCAUCAUAGGCGCAGAUCGCAUUGUGGGGUUUUCGUGUCCCAGAAAAACGACAACAGAUAAUAAUGUUUCCGUUUCUUGUUCUGCCACGGUGGCGCGGAAGCUCUCGAUGCAGGAACCGGAGAGAGUGGAUGCGGUUUCAGAGAAGCAAGGGAAAGUGGGAAGCAGGAUAAUGGUUUUCGUGAGGUUGAGACCGAUGAAUAAGAAGGAGAAGGAAUCGGGUUCACGGUGCUGCGUCAGAGUUGUUAAUCGCCGUGACGUUUACCUCACAGAAUUUGCCAACGAAAACGAUUAUCUCAGACUUAAUAGGCUUCGAGGACGCCACUUUACCUUCGAUGCUGCGUUUCCAGAUUCCGCUUCUCAGCAAGAAGUUUAUUCCACAUCGACUUCAGAGCUUGUUGAAGCGGUUUUGCAAGGGAGGAAUGGGUCGGUUUUUUGUUAUGGUGCAACAGGAGCUGGGAAGACUUACACAAUGCUUGGGACGGUGGAGAAUCCUGGGGUUAUGGUUUUGGCUAUUAAGGAUCUUUUCAGUAAAAUCAGGCAGCGGAGCUGUGAUGGAAACCAUGUUGUUCAUCUGUCCUAUCUUGAGGUUUAUAACGAAACUGUUAGGGAUUUGCUUUCACCUGGAAGACCUCUGGUUCUUAGAGAAGAUAAACAGGGGAUUGUGGCAGCAGGUCUUACACAAUAUAGUGCGUAUUCAACUGAUGAAGUGAUGGCAUUGCUUCAACAAGGAAAUCAGAACCGAACCACAGAACCAACUCGUGCAAAUGAAACAUCUUCCCGUUCCCAUGCAAUUUUGCAGGUCGUGGUGGAAUACCGAGUUAGAGAUGCCGCAAUGAAUGUUAUUAACCGAGUGGGUAAGCUCUCAUUAAUUGAUCUUGCAGGGUCUGAGAGAGCUCUCGCUACGGAUCAAAGAACACUUAGAUCUCUUGAGGGUGCCAAUAUAAACCGGUCUCUUCUUGCACUAAGCAGCUGUAUUAAUGCUCUAGUUGAAGGCAAGAAACAUAUCCCAUACAGAAACUCAAAACUCACUCAGCUUCUCAAGGAUUCACUAGGAGGAGCUUGUAACACAGUCAUGAUUGCAAACAUAAGUCCAAGUAACUUCUCAUUUGGUGAAACUCAGAAUACAGUUCAUUGGGCUGAUAGAGCCAAGGAGAUUCGACUAAAGGUAACCGAUGCAAAUGAGGAUCAAUUGCCAGAGCCUGAGAUAGAAUCUGACCAAACCAAGCUGGUACUUGAGCUGCAAAAGGAGAAUCGUGAGUUAAGAAUACAACUAACACAACAUCAGCAGAAGAUGUUGACUCUCGAAGCACAAUCCUUAGCUUCGCAUUCCUCCCCAACACUACCUUCAGCCGAACGUCUAUCCACUCCAACUUCUGCCCAACCAGUUGAAAAACGAAGGAGUAGAUCCUCAUUCUUGGCGGGAACUUGUUUCACUCCAGAAACCAAGAAGAAGGGAGCUGAACUAGCCAUCAAGACACUUCAACGAACUGUAAAAACACUAGAGGCAGAGAUUGAGAGAAUGAAGAAGGAUCACAAAUUGCAGCUAAAGCAAAAAGAUGAUAUUAUCCGAGAGCUUUCACAAAACGGUGUUAGACAAACAUUAACAGCUGGGGAAACGGGGAAGGGAGUGGUGACCAGGGCUAGCCUACGGCCAAAGGAACAAAACAAUAGUGAGAUAAAGAGUCCAAGUCAACGUUUUAGAUCACCUGCACCCACUGCCAAGAAACGAACGUUUUGGGACAUAACAACAAAUAAUAGUCCAUCGGUUACUACAUUAAAUGGUCGAAAAACUAGAAGUCAUGUCCUUGCUGAACCUACGGCUCCUCCUCCAUCCAUGCUUCUCCAGCCUGGUUUUGCUCGUCAAAAAGCCAAUAUUUAAGUGAUUUUUAUGGGCCAGUGCAAAAGGAAGUUGCCAGAGCACAGUGAAGUACAAUAUUAUAUAGAGAGAUCAUUGCACGAUUAUAUGUUUCCUCUCCUUUAUGACCAUCUUUUUAUGUACUUGAAGGACGAUUGAGUAGUCAGCUGCAGACUUCAGCAUUCUUUUACAUGCUUUUUCAUUCACAACCUCCAUCUCCCCACACCAGUUUCAUUAUUGCAGGCUAUUAAAGCUAAUGGAGAAAACUCCAAAAUCUCUAAUCAUACAUGUACAAUUCAUUGUUUUUUCAAUCUAGACGCACCUAUAUUCUUGUACGAAUUUGUCUAUGGGCUGGUGAUGCUCCUUAAAUGAAUUUGUUUAGGCUUCAUGUUUCCAUGUUCUUCUGCCUUUGGAGCUUUUCAGUCGACUCUUGUGAAGGUGAGUUGACAUCUCACAUCUGUAGGGUCUCCAUAUGGUUGAAGUAUCUUGUAUGAUUUGGACAAUUACGUCCUUUUCAACUAGUUUUUUAAAGUUGAAUAAUGUGUACAAAAUUUGGUCUCAGAUUAUUAUAAUGAAAAAGGAUGAAGAUGU